ACGCUCGCUCGCUCGUCCCCGCGACGUCCCUACGCUCCUGCUGCUAAGCUAAAUUAUGCUAAACUGUGCUGAGUGGGUACUGCUGUUUCUGUUGUCCAGAGAGGGGGCAUAAAUACGAAAUAACAGUGUAAUUGUUUAGAAAAGCGUUAACCCACAGCGUCUGAGUGUGUCGGGCAAUUGUCAUGGCUCUACAGGGCCCGGAGGAGCUGGGGGAGCGGGUCGAAGAGCCGGAGGACCUGGACGACCAGGACGCUAGCAGCAUCUCUCCGGCCGAGGAGAUAACGUUGCCCCCGGGGGCCGGAGGCGAGGAGGAGGUUGAAAAAACUUUCCUCCUUCCCUGGGACCGCUUCUCCUCCUGGCUGCACUGCAUAUGUGUGGUCGGCUUCGACCUGGAGCUAGGACAGGCGGUGGAGGUCAUUUAUCCUCAUCAUUCCAAACUGUCAGAGAAAGAGAAAACAAGCAUCUGCUACCUUUCCUUUCCUGACUCAAACUCAGGUUGCCUUGGUGACACCCAGUUCUGCUUCCGCUUCCGCCAGGGUUCCAACAGGAAGUCGUCGCUCAGCUGCUUCUUGGAAACCACUGACAGGGACGCACCACCAUGUCUGAAGAAGGAGCAAGGCCAUUACUACGGCUAUGUGUACUUCCGUCAGGUGCGAGAUAAAUCUCUGAAGAGAGGAUACUUCCAGAAGUCUCUGGUCCUGAUCAGUAAGCUGCCUUAUGUGACCUUCUUCCACUCACUGUUAAAGAUCAUGGCUCCAGAAUACUUUGAGAAACAGGAGCCUUGUCUUGAGGCCGCUUGUAAUGACAUAGACCGCUGGCCAACGCCCCAUCCUGGACGAAUCCUGACUCUGCCUAUUAUGGGUGUGGUCAUCAAGGUUCGUAUCCCGACCUGUUAUGACAAACCGGGAACCUCACAGCUGGUCCAGUCUGCCCAGAGUGACAGUCUGGUGUCCAUUGUUCUUCCAACCAUCCACGAAGUCGACCUCUUCAGGUGUUUCCACCCGGUCUUCUUCCACAUUCAGAUGCUGUGGGAGUUGGUGUUGUUGGGGGAGGCACUGGUUGUGAUGGCACCGUCACCAGCAGAGUCAUCAGAAACAGUACUGGCAUUGGUCAGCUGCAUCUCUCCUCUGCGUUACUGCAGUGACUUCCGACCAUACUUCACCAUCCACGACAAUGAAUUUAAGGAGUACACCACUAGGACACAGGCUCCGCCAUCAGUUAUUCUCGGAGUGACCAAUCCUUUUUUUGCUAAAACUCUGCAACACUGGCCACACAUCAUCCGCAUCGGAGACAUGAAGCAUGCAGGUGAGAUGGCCAAGCAGAUGAAAGUGAAGAAACUGAAAAACCUGAAAACUCUGGACUCUAAACCUGGUGUGUACACUGCAUAUAAGCCAUAUCUCAACAAAGAUGAAGAAAUCAUCAAACAGCUUCAGAAGGGUGUUCAACAAAAGAGACCCUCCGCAGCCCAAAAUGCAAUUCUUCGACGCUACUUCUUAGAAUUGACACAGAGCUUCAUCAUUCCACUGGAGCGGUAUGUGGCAAGUUUAAUGCCUCUCCAGAAGUCCAUCAGUCCCUGGAAGAGUCCUCCCCAGUUACGACCUUUUAUCCAGCAGGACUUCAUGAAGACACUUGAGAAAGCUGGACCUCAGCUCACAUCCAGACUGAAAGGAGAUUGGAUAGGACUCUACAGGCUUUUCCUCAAGUCUCCCAACUUUGACGGCUGGUUCCGCAACAGGAGGAGAGAGAUGACUCAAAAACUAGAGGCUCUGCACCUCGAGGCGCUCUGUGAGGAGGAUCUGCAGCAGAGAAUCCAGAAGCACACGGAGGUGGAGACGGUUGAUCUGGUUCUGAAGCUUAAGGAUAAACUGAGUCAGGCGGAGAAAGAGCACCUGCCCGUGCACCCGGGGACUCUGGCCAAACUGAGGUCCCACAUUGACGCCGUCAUCCUGGCCUUACCAGAUGACCUGCAGGGCAUCCUCCACAAGCCCUCCACACCGUGACCUUUCACCUGAGAGUCUGCAACGUCAACCCCCCCCCCCAGUUUAAGCUUGUUUUAAAGUUCAGGGGGGUGGGGAAGUUGGUCUCUUCUCAGGUGGAGAGGCCCUGGUUCACACAGACAGUGUCCCAGUUUAAGUCCCCGUCCUCAAACUGACACUGGUCUACUGGUGACUGUGGACCAAACAUGGCCCUUUUUUUAAUCACAGAGAGCUUAUUAAGCAAAGAAAGGAGAGAUUGGUCCUAAUUCAGCAGACUUUUAACUCAUUAACAGGAUUUGUCAUCACAGUGGAACUAAAAGCAGGAAGUCAACCCCCAGUUGAACUUUGACCCACAGCAUUUUUUUAACCACCUGUUGAUGUUUUUGUUUUUUUUGAAUUUUACUUUUUAAAUUUGAGGAUGGAGUGCUGCAGGCAGAACUGACUUGGGAGUUUUUCCAUCCAUUAAAAGAAGUGCACUUCAUCGCUUGACUUUGACCCUUUCACACAUUUACAUUUUUAUGCAAACAAACUGAAGCGAGCAGAGCCAUGUUGUAAAACACAGCAUCAACCACCAGCCACAAUAUAAUAACUGUCGGUGCAGGAAACGUCUCAAGUGAUCAUGAACAAAAUAGCCCUCUGUCUGUUUUAACAGUCUACGGAAAUAUUCAGAAUUGGUUUUCAUGCAGGCAACUGUUAACUGUGAAACUGGAGAAUCGUAUUCACUUUAUACUAAUUAAAUAGUUUUUAACAAAAUUAGGGUUCCAGGCGCAUAUGCAGGAGUGGAAAACUUACUUAAAAUUAUAAAACGUUGUUAACAAGUUUGAUACAAACAAAGUCUCAAGUUAUGACCUCUCGCUCUGAGUCAGUUGACCCGUAGCCAGGCUGCUGUGGUCUUGAGAACUCGUCUCAGUGUGCGAUCUCCAGCCGUUCUUGAUGCGACAGCGAUGUUCUGCUGUGACCAGGAUUGAGGUGGUCUGCCCCUUCUUCUCUUUUUUCAGGGCUACGCCUGCUUUCAGUCGAUAAUGAUGCAUAGAAUGGACUCAAAAACUCUCGUUUUACCACUUUUCUUUUUUUUCCCCGUGGAAGAAAAGCAAUUGGCUAUAAUGACAAAUACCAGCACUCACAAUUCACCAGACAAUGAUCCUUGGUGCAGGACCAGACAGUGUAAAGAAACUGAGGGAAUAAAAUGAACAACACUAUAGCUAACAUGUUUUAAUUCAACUAAUUAAAAAGGUGUUGGUGCCUUAAUUAGGAGACUAAAUCUAAACUGGUUCCCUCCAGUUCUCGUGCUCUGGUGUCUUCAUUCUUAAACUAAACUAAAUUCAUUUUUACUAAUGAGCCACUUUUGACAGAAGUUGAUCUCUAACCUGCGAUAAGCAGAAUCAGAAAUGUCUGUAUCCACACAAAGUCAAUAAAUGAAUCCAAAGAACA